AUGAGACGAAACAUAAAAACGUUGCUUAUAGAAAUUCCGGCUGAUGAAGGCGGUGGUAUGCCAAGUCCCUGUGUAAUGGGGAGUAAUAGACAAGGCGGUGGUAUUCCAAGUCCCUGUGUAAAGGGGAGUAAUAGACAAGGCGGUGGUAUGCCAAGUCCCUGUGUAAAGGGGAGUAAUAGACAAUGCGGUGGUAUGCCAAGUCCCUGUGUUAAGGGGAGUAAUAGACAAGGCGGUGGUAUGCCAAGUCCCUGUGUUAAGGGGAGUAAUAGACAAGGCGGUGGUAUGCCAAGUCCCUGUGUAAAGGGGAGUAAUAAACAAGGCGGUGGUAUGCCAAGUCCCUGUGUAAAGAGGAGUAAUAGACAAGGCGGUGGUAUGCCAAGUCCCUAUGUAAAGGGGAGUAAUAGACAAGGCGGUGGUAAGCCAAGUCCUUGUGUAAAGGGGAGUAAUAGACAAGGCGGUGGUAUGUCAAGUCCCUGUGUAAAGGGGAGUAAUAGACAAGGCGGUGGUGUGCCAAUUCCCUGUGUAAAGGGGAGUAAUAGACAAGGCGGUGGUGUGCCAAGUCCCUGUGUAAAGGGGAGUAAUAGACAAGGCGGUGGUAUGCCAAUUCCCUGUGUAAAGGGGAGUAAUAGACAAGGCGGUGGUGUGCCAAGUUCCUGUGUAAAUGGGAGUAAUAGACAAGGCGGUGGUAUGCCAAGUCCCUGUGUAAAGGGGAGUAAUAGACAAGGCGGUGGUGUGCCAAGUUCCUGUGUAAAGGGGAGUAAUAGACAAGGCGGUGGUGUGCCAAGUUCCUGUGUAAAGGGGAGUAAUAGACAAGGCGGUGGUAUGCCAAGUCCCUGUAGUGCCGACUUCGUAGAAUACUGUACGGCUUUGUAUGAUCACUGUAAUGUCAAGAACAAGGGUGAUCCCGGGCCUCCAGGUGAGAAAGGUCAUCGAGGCACUCCGGGACUCCUUGGAACGCCUGGUCCCAAAGGAGACAGGGGUUCGGACGGACAUCCGGGCUCUAACGGAAUACCUGGCAGAAACGGCAUGUCCGGAUUAAAAGGGGACAAGGGACAUCGAGGACCUAUGGGUCCCAUGGGUCCCAAAGGAGACAUUGGCAUUUCCGGCCAUAGAGGGCCUCCCGGUAAAACAGGUCCGCCAGGGAUACCAGGACCAAGAGGGGAGAAGGGAGAUGAGGGGGAACAGGGGCCGAUGGGGCUCCUUGGUUUCCCUGGAUACAAGGGUGAUAGAGGUGAUUCCGGAGUUAAAGGCCAAAAAGGAGAAUUAGGCCCCAAAGGACAUUUAGGUCCCAUGGGACCUCCAGGACCAAGAGGAUUUGCAGGUAGUAAAGGAGACGAGGGCCGAAGGGGGAGAAAAGGGGCACGAGGGGCGACAGGAAAGACUGGAGCCCAAGGGAGGCACGGUAGUUCUGGUUUACCGGGAAAGAACGGACAUAAAGGGGAUAAAGGAGAGAGAGGUUUCCAGGGCAACGGUCGCAACUGCUCAUGUCCGAAAGGUGACAAAGGCGACAAAGGUGUCCGAGGUCUGAUUGGUUUUACGGGUUACAAGGGUGAUAAAGGCGACCACGGGACAAAGGGAGAAAAAGGUUAUGGGGAGAGGGGGUUUCCAGGUUUCCAAGGUAUCCCAGGUCCAAAGGGAGCCAGAGGUGACAAGGGCGAUAAAGGAGACGUAUUCUCUUCCGUAGCCAUGGACAACUGGCGGAUGGCUACCUCAGUGCCCUCUGUGACGUAUAGAGGAGAGAGAACUCCGUCUUCAACUAAAGAGAUAACGACGUCCACGACCAGUACUGUGACCACGCCCACUACAACAACCACACCCACAACAACCACGCCCCCAACUACGACAACAACGUUACCGCCCACCCUGGCGCCCAGACGGCGAGAAUGCAGGAUAAAAAUGGUUGGGAUUCCCCUGCUCCUGCGUCAAGCGGGACCUGCAUCCGGGGCCUGGAUGACUGACCCGGAUGGUUCGCCAAAACACUGGGUGACGAAUAACAAGUAUGCUAAGAUACUGUAUGAGUACCGAUCCGAUACUACAUUUAAGGAGAACAGAGUGGAUAAUACGUACGAUCUCUCCUAUUUUUAUUACUAUGGAUACGAUCACGUGAUCAGGAAUGGAUCAUUUUACUUCCAAUGGGCUGGAAGAAAUAUUGUGGUGAAAUACGACCUCAAAGAAGCUAUUGUAUCGAGUGCAGCGGAAAUAGAUGGCGCUUCGUACAAUAACAGCAGAUACCUCUACAGUCAAGGACAUUCCUAUUUUGAUAUCGAGUAUGACGAGAAUGGUCUCUGGGUAAUUUAUAGUAAAGUCGCAGAUGAUAGGAAUAUUUAUGUCGUUAAGUUAAAUCCAAAUACAAUGGAGGCUAUCCGAACGUGGAGAAUCGGCAUCGCUCCGGGCAGUUACGGAAAUGGUAUUAUUGCCUGCGGCGUUUUGUAUCUUAUUCGAGAUACUGUUAACGUGCAGACAGUUAUUAACUUUGCUUAUGACUUGUAUAAUGAUGAAGUUGUACCGCUUAGCAAAGGCAUACGAUUUCGAAAUCCUUUCGGUGCAAAUAGCAUGGUGUCAUAUGUGCCAAACUUACGUCAUCCUAGAGACAGUAGGAUCAACAGCUGGGAUAACGGAAGGCAGUUGUCCUUUCAGAUUCUUUUUGAUUAGGACGAAGAGGAGGAGAGAAACUGGAGUCUUCUGUCGCAAAGAAAUAUCACCUGAUUACUGCUAUACAUGAAAAAUACACAUUCAACACGUUCCUAUUCUUGUAAAUGCGCCGCAGUUCUCCCAAAACAGGCUUGAAAGACAGAGUGCGUGAUUUGUCAUCUAAUUGGAAGCAACGCUGAAUUAUUUCUAAAAAUAUAGAACCAUCAAGGAGGGAAGUAUGGCAAAUCAUUCUUUUGUUAUAAUUCAUUCCAUUUUUGUCAUAUUUCAUUGUUAUGUUAGACAGUUAUAAUGGGAAUGCCUAUAUAGAAAUAGAUUAUACUUCGGAUGAGGUCGCUCAAUGACUUUCGGUUUACCGAGGGUUAUACAAUGUUUUAUUCCAUAUCAUAAUGCUAAAAUUUAUUAUCACCCUAUAAAUAUUGAAUUGAAUAUAAAUCAUUAUAUAAUGGAAUGGAAUGAACGUGUUACAACUGAAACAUUACAUCAAUGUAUACCGACGGAAAUGAUACAUGUGUAUAUAAAAUUUGGAUUAUAUUAUUUUGAUUUGAUCUAAUUUUAAUAUAAAUAUCUUAGUAUUUCUAGAAAAAUAAAAGCAUGAUAUUUUUUAUGACAAGAAACCGUUUAGUCAGUGAAGGUAGUAUUUUUAUUUAUCAAAUAUCAACAAGCUUCUAAUGAUACGCCUAGUUUCCUCAAUUUAAUUUACGUAGUAGGAUAACAAAUUUCUUUAUGACUUUUCCGAGGGUUUGAUGUUUCAUGCUAUUGUAUUCCUGUUUUUUUUUAAUAUUUGUCUCAUCACCUUCUCAACAGAAUAAACAUCGGGGUAGUUGGAUAGUGAAAGUAAUCACAUUGAAAACGAAAAGAGACAUGACGUUUUAUUGUUAAAGAUUUUAUCGAUCUAGAGAAUAUAUUUGAUAUUUGAUAUUUCUCCGUAUGUCAUAUUUGUCAAUUUUUAAUAUAAAAAUUAAUGAUUUAUUGUGUUGGUAAGCUUUAUUGAUUUCUCGAAAACGUGUUGGCAAAGUCAAACGCUUACUUACAUGCUAUGCUUUGUUAUCGUUGAAAUCACCGAAAAAUAAUACGUAUCUGGGAGGUGUUGUUUUGUUUAAUUAUACUUAUAGCAUACUAUAUAUGUGACACGCAUGGAGAGAACAGUGUGUAUGUGUACCUAGGUGUAUGUAUGUGUGUACAUGCAUCCAUAACAGUGCACAUGUUUACUGUACGUGUGUAUGACAGUAUGUGUGAUGUGUGUCGUGUUUAAUUCCAUCCGGUAAGGUGAACGUGACUUUUUGUCAAAUUGUCUUAUGUUUUAGUAUUCAAGUAAUUUCAGAUCAAUUUUUUGAGAAAAUACUUUUGAAAAAUGUUUUGAUUUUUAAACAUUUUAUCAUGUUUGGAUAAUUAUAUUGCGGUUGAAAGUCAUGAUUUAGCAGAACGCAAACACAAAACUAUUUGAUAAAGAAUGAAUGACAAUUGAUAUAGCGAAUGAUAUAUACGUUUCGGGUGAUUCGAGUACAUGUUACUACACAUAAAUCUAUAUAUAGUAGCUCUGUUUGUCAUCAACGUGACGUGCAUGAUAUAGCAAAAAUGUAAUGAAAAUGAUAUAGCUUGUAUUUACAUUAAAUAUAAGCAAGUAAUGUAAAAAUGAAUUCCUUGCGAAGAUUUAAGAAAGAACAAGUUCAAUAUAUAUAAAUAUAUGUAAAUACAUCAUGUAAAAAUAUGGUUUUCAUGUUUUUAUUGGAAGAAUCGCCCGGGGGUCUGUUCUGUGGACAAUGAAAUCUCAACCCGAGUGUGAGAUUUGGCUACGUGACUUGCCGAGUGAUGGCCAGCCAAACUCUUAUACGUGGGAUGAGACACCCCUGUCCUCGGUACAGGCCUAUGAUUGAUUUGUCUCUCAUAUGAUUGAUUUGUUUCUCACAUACUUAAAAACAAAACAAACAAACAAACAAAACUGUAAGGUGUUGUGAAACAUUUUCAUCGCGAUAUCAAUGCCUGGUGAAAUGUGCGUCGAAAUUGAUGACGUUAUCGUUUACGCUACAUGAAAUUGAUGACGUUAUCGUUUACGCUACAUGAAAUGAUGACGUUACGCUAUUGUGAGUAGCGUCAUAACGCGUUUCAGCUGACUUCCUUACGACGUGUGAGAUCGAUUUUUCUCUUAUCCUGGGCAGGGAUUUCCACCAGAGUGAGAUUAAUUGAAUCUAACAUGGGUACGUUCCGUGUACAGGGAUAUCUAAUCUCGAGUGUAAGAGUUUGACCAGUUAGCACAAGGCUUACCCGCGGAAUAGACCCAUGUUUGAUUAUUUUUCUCACAUAUUUGCAAGAAAAUGUCUGGGGUUUUUUUAUGAAAGUUUUACAUCGCGUCAUCUACAAUGCACCCUGGAAGGUGCAUCAAAAUGUAUGACGUCAUCAUUUACGACAUAAUUACUCAACGUAAAAUGAUGGCGUUACGUUGUUGUGUGCACCGUCAUACAGCGCGUGCCAGCUGUCUUUACUCCCUGUGUGAAAUCGAUUUAUCUUUUCCCUCUAACCGCAGGAUAAUGGUGAAAUAUUUGAGAAUUUCUUUUCUCCUGCCCUGGACAGGGAUAUUAACAAUUUUACCGGUGUGAUAUUUUUUAUCAAGCCGUAGGUUGAUACAAGCUGCACGUGCUCUUUGCACGUUUUCAACAACUGCAUUUCGUCACGGCGACAUUACAGUGACGUCACGUCGACCAUUCAAUGACGUCACGAUAACAUUUCCAUGCAUUGAUGAAACGUCAAUAUUACAUACAUAAGAGGGUAAACAGGGUAAGAGAAAAAUAAUCAUUCACCCCCAUGGAAGUGAGACAGGGAAAUCUCAACCCGGAGGAGAAGAUUUUUAAGGUGCCAAACACUCGGCAAGCCUAGUGUUUGGCAGCUUAAGUUUCUUAACCCGAGAUUCUAUUAAUCUAAUCCCGAGCAACCACGGUAUCACCCUGUGAAGUGUGUGAGAAAUAAAUAUUCGUGAGAACCAUAUUUUCAUCAUAUCAUAUCAGGCUAUAAAGUCAAUGUCGAUGUUCACCAAUCCCAGUAUCCCGGCUGUACUUGUCUCGUGCCAUAACAAUUGUUGUUAUUUUGGUGAUAUGUUCGUCUAGGUAUGCACGACAUUUACCAGCUAUUAUCCACGUAACAGUGCGCAUGCUCCUGAUAAGCUGAUCGAUAUAAUAUAUUACCUAAAAGUAUUUUUGAAUUCCAUCGUGCUUAUUAUAGCAUUAAACAUCCAUCGUAUUUUUCCCAAAUCUUACUACUUCAGAAUUGUUACGAAACAAACGCUGUCGAUAUCACGUGACAGUAAUUCGACCCGCUGCUUUAUUAGAUUAAAGACAAACAGUCCAUGCUUCGGGG